AUGGUCUCCAUCAUUGAAGCCCAGCGCGAAAGUACGGAACUCUACGACUCCCCCAAGAGAGAUAUACUGAUCCGGCGACAGUCCUUUUGAGCACAAUACGACAGAUCACGCGGGGAGACGUACGAAUACCUGAGCCUUCCCAUCCUCUCCCGCCAUUCUGACCGUCGAAACGCAGUGGAAAGUGCUGGUCCUCGACCCAGACAGCAAGCGCUUGAUAUACAACGUCCUCGAAGAAGACACCAUCCUGAACGAGAACAUCACAAGUAUGCGCCGACCAUCCCGCUCCUGGCUCCUGGCAGCUUCGCCUGACUUACUCCAGAUAUCGAACAGAUCACCGAUCGCCGCCAGACCAACCGCGAUGUCGACGCCAUCUACAUUCUCACCCCGCAGCCGCACAUCGUGGACUGCGUCAUGGCGGAUUUCGAGAAGAGAAAGUACAGGAGGGCACAUCUGGUGUGGACGAGUCGUGAGUUGUGUGAACAGGAUUGGGAGGAAGAGAGUGCUGACGGUGGAGGACCAGUAUUACAUCCCGCCUUGAGAGACCGAAUAGACAAGUCGCAGACGGCAAGAUCUCAGAUUGAGCAGUUCAGGGUGCUGAACGUCGAGUUCUUCCCGAGGGAAUCGCAUCUGGUCACAUUCCGCGAUCCCUACAGCUUCCCCGUGCUCUUCCAUCCGGCAUGCAACAGCUUGGUCAGGCAGCAUUUGGAGGAUAUUGCGCAGAAGGUAUGAGGCUUCAGGGCAUUUUGGAGCUGUGCUGAGAAGAUCAAAGGUGGUUGGAGUCUGCGUCGCACUCGGCGAAUACCCUACAAUUCGAUACUACCGACCGCGAACACCGACCCACGAGGCAAGCAUACUGUGCUCUCACCUCGCGCGCUUCGUACAGGACGAGCUAGAUCUCUACGCCAAAUUUCACGAAGACUUCCCCCCAGCAACGAACCGUCCGCGAGGCUCCCUCUACAUCCUUGACCGAUCACUCGACCUAUCUGCUCCUCUAAUCCACGAAUUCACAUACCAAGCCAUGGCCCACGACUUGUUGCCUAUCAAAGAGGGCGACAAGAUCACGUACAGGACACUGAUCAACGAAGGCCAGCCAGACGAGCAAGAGAAGGAUGUGGAAAUCACUGAGAAGGAUAAGCUCUGGGUGGAGAACCGGCACAGACACAUGAAGGACACCAUCGACAAGCUCAUGGGAGACUUUCAGAGGUUCAUGAAGGACAAUCCGAACUUCACGCAAGGCGGAGAUGCGUCGAGUUUGAACACGAUCAAGGAUAUGUUGGCUGGUCUGCCGCAAUUCCAGGAAAUGAAAGAGGCGUACGCGCUGCAUUUGAGUAUGGCGCAAGAGAGUAUGAAUCGGUUUCAAAAGUACAAGCUGCCUGAUUUGGCUUCUGUGGAGCAGGUAUGUCUGGUACUAUGGGAUGUAUACGGCAAUCGCUGACUUUGACAGAUACUCGCUACCGGUCUGGACGAGGACUACAAAAAGCCUAAGGGGCUUGCCGAUCAAGUUGUGCGAAUGCUGGACGAAGAAUCCGUGACGCCGUCAGAUCGAUUACGACUCCUGAUUUUGUUCCUGCUGUACAAAGAUGGGCUGGUGCCAGCUGAUCUGCAGAAACUUCUUUCACACGCGCAACUCCCCCCGCAAGAUGGGGAAGUUGUACAUAAUUUGGAACUUCUCGGCGCACGAACCUCACGAAACCUGAAGGACUCUCGACCUCCACCGCCGCCAUUGUUUGCCAGAAAACCCCCGCCAGCGAUGGCGAUGGAGGAGUACGCGCUCAGCAGAUACGAACCGGCUCUGCAGAACCUGCUCGAAGCACAUGCCGCGAAUGCUGUAGAUACCACAACAUUCCCAUACACGAAGCCUCCUCUCGAUCUCGGCAACGAACCCACACAGCAAUCAGCUACUUCUCUACGGUCAGCAAAACCGACGUGGGCGAAGACAAGGGCGAACGUCAGCACUGAGAAUCGGCAACGAGUGGUAGUCAUGAUGGCUGGAGGGGCAACAUACUCAGAAGCACGAGCCUGCUACAACGUCGGCCGCGCCACCAACAGAGAAGUCUACCUCGUAACAUCCCACAUGCUUACUCCAGGAUUCUUCAUCCGACAAAUCGGGGAUCUGUCAGCAGAUAAGAGGCGACUCAACAUCCCCAUGGACAUGCCAAAACCCCAAGCACCGCGGCACCUAUUCGAGCCUGAUUCUCAACCUAAGGCUGCGCCUCAGCAACAGCAGCAACAGGCUCCUGUACAGCAAAAGCCGGUCGCACCACCCACACAGCAGAUGGGCAGUAUUGAUUUGAACGGUGCCGAGAAAGCGAAUGGGCAGCCAGAUAAAGCGAACAGUCGCGCGAAGUUGACCAAGGAUCCAGAGAAGAAGAAGAAACAUCAUUUUGGGUUUGGAAAGCACAAGUCGUGA